GCUUGUCCUUCUGCCCUGAGUCUGUCGCAGGUACAGAUAUAUGCUCUCAAAGCACUCAAACGAGAGGUAACGGAAGGACUAAAUCCAGGAGAAACACAGAUUUGAACGGCCCCAGACAAACGGGUGAAAGUAAACCUCUCGUCGACGGAAGUUAGUUCAAAUAAUUCUUAUUUUUUUCCUCUCAGAGUGAGAUAAUAUCAAAGUCCACUUCUGCUUGGUCCCUCAUGACAGAGACUGAACAGUUUUUUUCAGUCAAUCCGUUGGCGAAAAUACAUAACGGAAAAACAAGAUCUCUUGACGACCAAGAGAUGACAAAACAAGAUAUAUGGCAACGUUUGUUGUGUUAAUGGCUGAAAUGAAGAUUACAUUGGGCAAAAAUAAUGGUAGUUUUACGUCCGUCCUCCAAACCCUGAUGCUGUAAAGGGGUCAAAAUUAAUAAUAAUAUUCCACUCCACCGGUCCUGGGGUGGGUGGACCGCUAGUAUGGACCCCUGGCAAAAUCUGGUGUCCAGAUGUUCGGCAUGGUGGCAGAUGCAUACGCCACAUGCUCUGAGAGCUUGUGUGUAUGAAGUGUGUAAACCUCUGGUGCCACUUCUGCUGUGCAUCGCGGCCCUGGUGGCUGUGAUUGUGUAUGCUCUGGCAGAUAAUCUACACAGUUUUGUAAGCAGGAUCUUCAUUCCCCAGUAUCACUAUCCUUAUGCGGUGCCACUUGCAUUCAUACAGGUGUUUCUAAAUCUCUUGGCACUGCUAGCUUUGCACGGCGUGGGUCUGAUCCACCUGAAGCCUUUUUCACUGAGGCUGGGCGAGCGUUUGUUUGUGCCGGCGGUCUGUGGGAGCAUCCAGUGCAUUCUGGCCAUAUGGGCUGAAGCCUGUUCCCACUCUGGCCUGUACCCGCUAGUCGCCCGCUUCCUCCCAAUGGUCAGUCUGAGCUUGGGUCACCUGUUUGCACUGAGUAUGCCAGGCUCCAUCCAUGUCUCCUCCCUUUUGACUGUGCUCACUGUCGCCUCGGUUACCGUCACAGGAUGUAAAGGACUUCAUGCGAUAGAGCCGCUGGAGUAUAUCUACUCUCCCCUUAACCUUGUCCUUCACAGCCUCUCUCUUGCCUGGCUAGCCAAAGUCUCCCAAACAGAGCGAGGCCAUGCCUCAACCUUUGACCUUUACUACACUCUGACAGUGACACGUACCCUCUUGUUAGGGUUCCUGUGUGUUUUGCACCCUGAUGGACCAAAGGCACUGAUGCAUGGCAACUGGCACAGUCUGCUGUUUCUGGGAUACAUGCUUGGAAUGUUACUGCUGGGUGCUGUGCAGCUUCUCUUUGUGGAUGUAACAGCACUGUAUUUUUCUGCUCUCCCAGCAGCCAUGCUGCAUGCGACCAGAGGGCUGGUUCUGCCCCUGUUCAGUCUGCUAUAGGACAUACGGACCAAUCAGAGUGUAGAUCAUUCUGAAGAGGAACCGUUUA